GGCCACAGCUCGGCAGCUCACACCCGAGCAGCAGCGCAGCGCACAGCCGGCGCAUGUGAGCGGGCCGGCGCCGCGAGGGGCACACGCAUUCUUUCUCCGCCGGGAAACGAGGUCCGGCGGCGAUGGAGGCGAGCGCGGGGCUGGUGGCCGGCUCGCACAACCGGAACGAGCUGGUGGUGAUCCGCCGCGAGCCCGGCGGCGGGGGCCCCGGGGCGGCGGCGCGGCUGGCGGCGGAGGCGCCGUGCCAGAUAUGCGGGGACGACGUCGGGGUGGGCUUCGACGGGGAGCCCUUCGUGGCCUGCAACGAGUGCGCCUUCCCGGUCUGCCGCGCCUGCUACGAGUACGAGCGCCGCGAGGGCUCGCAGGCGUGCCCGCAGUGCCGGACGCGGUACAGGCGCCUGAAAGGGUGCCCCCGCGUCGCCGGCGACGAGGACGAGGACGGCGUCGACGACCUCGAGGGCGAGUUCGGCCUGCGCCACGGCGGGGAGGAGGGCGGGGACGGCGGCGGCGACCCCCGGGACAUCGCCGCGUCCAUGCUGCGGGCGCACAUGAGCUACGGCCGCGGCGACGCGCACCACCCGGCCGCCGGCUUCGGCGCCGCCCCCGGCGUCCCGCUCCUCACCAACGGCCAGAUGGUCGACGACAUCCCGCCGGAGCAGCACGCGCUCGUGCCGUCCUACAUGGGCGGCGGCGGCGGCGGGGGCAAGAGGAUCCACCCGCUCCCCUUCGCAGAUCCGAGCCUUCCAGUGCAACCGAGAUCCAUGGACCCGUCCAAGGAUCUGGCCGCCUACGGCUACGGCAGCGUGGCCUGGAGCGACCGGAUGGAGCGCUGGAAGAAGAACCAGGAGAGCCUGCAGCACGCCAGGAGCGACGGCGGCGGUGAUUGGGACGGCGACGAUGCAGAUCUGCCGCUAAUGGAUGAAGCAAGACAGCCAUUGUCCAGAAAAGUUCCGAUACCGUCAAGCCGAAUUAACCCCUACAGGAUGAUUAUCGUUAUCCGGUUGGUGGUUUUGGGGUUCUUCUUCCACUACCGUGUGAUGCAUCCGGUGAAUGAUGCAUUUGCUUUAUGGCUCAUAUCUGUAAUCUGUGAAAUCUGGUUUGCCAUGUCCUGGAUUCUUGAUCAGUUCCCAAAGUGGCUUCCAAUUGAAAGAGAGACUUACCUGGACCGUUUGUCACUAAGAUUUGACAAGGAAGGCCGACCCUCUCAACUUGCUCCAGUUGACUUCUUUGUCAGUACGGUUGAUCCCUCAAAGGAGCCUCCCUUGGUCACAGCAAACACUGUCCUUUCCAUCCUUGCUGUUGAUUAUCCAGUUGAGAAGGUCUCCUGCUAUGUUUCUGAUGAUGGUGCUGCAAUGCUUACAUUUGAAGCACUGUCUGAAACAUCCGAAUUUGCAAAGAAAUGGGUUCCUUUCUGCAAAAAGUUUAAUAUUGAGCCUCGUGCUCCUGAGUGGUACUUCCAACAGAAGAUAGACUACCUGAAAGACAAGGUUGCCGCAUCCUUUGUUAGGGACAGGAGGGCAAUGAAGAGGGAAUAUGAGGAAUUCAAGGUAAGAAUCAAUGCCUUGGUUGCGAAAGCCCAAAAGGUUCCCGAGGAAGGAUGGACAAUGCAGGAUGGAAGCCCCUGGCCUGGAAACAAUGUACGCGAUCAUCCUGGAAUGAUUCAGGUAUUCCUUGGCCAAAGCGGUGGUCAUGAUGUGGAAGGAAAUGAGCUGCCUCGCCUCGUUUAUGUCUCGAGAGAAAAGAGGCCAGGCUAUAACCAUCAUAAGAAGGCUGGUGCCAUGAAUGCACUGGUUCGUGUCUCUGCUGUCUUAUCAAAUGCUCCAUACCUAUUGAACUUGGACUGUGAUCACUACAUCAACAAUAGCAAGGCCAUAAAAGAGGCUAUGUGUUUCAUGAUGGAUCCUUUGGUGGGGAAGAAAGUGUGCUACGUGCAGUUCCCUCAGAGGUUUGAUGGUAUUGACCGGCAUGAUCGAUACGCUAACAGGAACGUUGUCUUCUUUGAUAUCAACAUGAAAGGUCUGGAUGGUAUUCAAGGACCCAUCUAUGUGGGUACUGGAUGUGUCUUUAGACGGCAGGCACUGUAUGGUUAUGAUGCUCCGAAAACCAAGAAGCCACCAUCAAGAACUUGCAAUUGCUGGCCCAAGUGGUGCCUCUCUUGCUUCUGCUGCAGAAACAAGAGUAAGAAGAAGACUACAAAACCAAAAACGGAGAAGAAGAAAAGAUUAUUUUUCAAGAAAGCAGAAAAUCCAUCUCCUGCAUACGCCCUGGGUGAAAUUGAGGAAGGUGUUCCAGGUGCUGACGUUGAGAAGGCUGGAAUUGUAAAUCAUCAGAAGCUCGAAAAGAAGUUUGGGCAAUCUUCUGUAUUUGUUGCAUCAACACUUCUUGAGAAUGGUGGGACCUUGAAGGAUGCAAGUCCAGCUUCUCUACUGAAGGAAGCUAUACAUGUUAUCAGCUGCGGUUAUGAAGACAAGACUGACUGGGGGAAAGAGAUUGGCUGGAUUUAUGGAUCAAUUACAGAAGAUAUCUUGACUGGAUUUAAGAUGCACUGCCAUGGUUGGCGGUCUAUUUACUGCAUCCCAAAGAGGCCUGCAUUCAAAGGUUCUGCACCUCUGAAUCUUUCUGAUCGUCUUCACCAGGUCCUUCGGUGGGCUCUUGGAUCUGUUGAAAUUUUCUUCAGCAAGCACUGCCCACUUUGGUAUGGGUAUGGUGGUGGGCUAAAAUUUUUGGAGAGGUUCUCUUAUAUUAACUCUAUCGUAUACCCCUGGACAUCCAUUCCGCUGUUGGCUUACUGCACAUUGCCUGCCAUAUGCUUGCUCACGGGGAAAUUUAUCACACCAGAGCUUACCAAUGCUGCCAGUAUCUGGUUCAUGGCGCUUUUCAUCUGCAUCUUUAUCACCGGCAUACUUGAAAUGAGAUGGAGUGGUGUGGCCAUCGACGACUGGUGGAGAAACGAGCAAUUCUGGGUCAUUGGAGGUGUUUCCUCACAUCUCUUCGCCGUGUUCCAAGGCCUCCUGAAGGUCCUCGCCGGUAUCGACACCAGCUUCACCGUGACAUCGAAGGGCGGGGACGACGAGGAGUUCUCGGAGCUGUACACCUUCAAAUGGACGACCCUGCUGAUCCCGCCGACGACGCUUCUCCUGCUGAACUUCAUCGGGGUCGUGGCCGGGAUCUCCAACGCGAUCAACAACGGGUACGAGUCGUGGGGCCCCCUGUUCGGGAAGCUCUUCUUCGCGUUCUGGGUGAUCGUCCACCUGUACCCGUUCCUCAAGGGUCUGGUGGGGAGGCAGAACCGGACGCCGACGAUCGUCAUCGUCUGGUCCAUCCUGCUGGCCUCCAUCUUCUCGCUCCUGUGGGUGCGCAUCGACCCGUUCCUCGCCAAGAGCGACGGCCCCCUCCUGGAGGAGUGCGGCCUGGACUGCAACUGAGGAAGAAAGAGGAAGACCCCUCCUGGCGCAGGCGAAUUACGCCCUGAAUUUUUUGGAAUUCUUUCCUGUAGAUAGAAACACAGAUCCUCCCCUCCUUCCGGCGCUCCUUCUGUUCCAUGGCGGCGAGGCCGUGAUAUCCCUGUGCAGCUCUUCUUCAACAUUCCCCAUUCAUUCAUCCGAGGAACCCGCACCGGAUUGAUCCGCUGGCGGCCGCCGGAGCAGGAGGAUGGCGGCGAUUGUUUGUUGCGUAAAUUAAAGUUUAAGUUACAUAUAUCAUGCACAUUCCAUGCCCCCACAGUCAGUUGGUACAUUAGCAAAGAACAGAUGAUUGGUUACUUAGGGGUUGAUUCUUUGUUAGCGGAAAAUGUGAUCCGCCUCCUGUGUUGUAAGAACAGAUUACUUAGGUGUGUUUUUGCUUCUGUGGAAUCGUAUAGAAACCUCCCCCUUUUGCUGCUGA